AUGGGCCAGAUUGUGCGCCUGCACGACCGCGACGACUCAGAGCAGUGGAAGGGUGUCAAGCGGUACCUGUACUUCUUCGCGCCCUUCUUCAUUGCCAUUGAUGUCCUCAUCUACCUCGCCUACCUUGGCUUCCGCCUCUACUGCAACAUUGACGUGCAGCAGCGUACCGGCAUCAGCGCCGGUGCCGCGUGGGUCUUUGUCGGUGUCGAGUUCCUCAUCACCAUCCCCUACCUCAUGAACAAUGCCUGGGCCCUCUUCUCGCUCAAGUCGCGCACCCGGCCCCGGCUCCGGUUGACCGGCGACGCGGACGUCCCCACUCUCGAUGUCUUUGUCACCUGCUGCAAGGAGGACAACGAGGUCGUCAUGGACACUGUCAAGGCUGCCUGCGACCAGGACUACCCGAUCGAGAAGUUCCGUGUCAUCAUCCUUGACGAUGGCAAGUCGGCCGAGCUGGAGCAGCUGGCGCUCGAGGCGGCCAAGACCUGGCCCAACCUGUUCUACAUGUCCCGCGAGAAGAAGCCCGGCGUUCCCCACCACUUCAAGGCUGGCAACCUCAACUACGGUCUCGAGCAGCUCACUCUCCUCCCUGGCGGUACUGCCGAGUUUGUCGGUGCCCUCGAUGCUGACAUGAUUCCCGAGCCUCACUGGGCGCGUUCCCUGCUUCCUCACCUUCUGAGCGAUCGCAAGGUGGCCAUGGCCUGCCCUCCCCAGCUCUUCUACAACACUCCCCGCUCCGACCCUCUCGGCCAGUCUCUCGACUUCUUUGUCCACAUCACUGAGCCCAUCAAGGACACUCUCAACGCCGCCUGGUGCACUGGUUCCGGCUACAUCUGCCGCCGCACUGCUCUCGACGACAUUGGUGGUAUCCCUGUCGGUGGUAUCGCUGAGGAUGUCGCCACCUCCAACCUGUUCAUCGGCAAGGGCUGGGUUACUGCCUACGUCCACGAGCCUCUCCAGUUCGGCACCGUCCCCGACGACUUCUCGUCCCAUCUUAAGCAGCGCACGCGCUGGGCCAUCGGUACCGUCGAGAACGCCAUGAACGUCAACUUCUACCUCUGGGGCGACAAGAUCAAGCGCAUGACCGCCCCGGCCCGCAUCAGCUCCUUCCUCAUCGGCAUCCUCUCCUUCUACCCGAUCGUCUUCUGCAUUUCGCUCUUCUCCAUCCCCAUCAUCCUCAUCAUGGGCCAGCCCCUGAUCCUCUUCGCCGAUGACGAGCAGUUCCGCUGGCUCCUCCGCGCCGCCUUCGCCACCGUCAUCUCCCGCCGCAUCAUGGAGUUCAUCAUCUACAUCCCCGCCGGCUACCACACUGGCCAGCGCUUCGCCCGCUACCAGAUCUGGAUGGCUCCUUACCUCGCCCUCUGCCUCAUCCGCGCCUUCAUCCUGCCCAAGUGGCUCGGCGGCGCCUCGACCGCCUUCAAGCCCACCGGCUCUCUCGGCUCGGCCAUUAACGAGCGCGACGCCGAGACCCGCAAGGGCAUGCUGCACCGCCUCUUUGCCAUCCUGAUCCAGUGCCAGGCUCUCUUCCACCUGCUCUUUGUCUACUUUGUCAUCGCCGGCGUCUGCAUCACCACCUACAAGUGCUUCAUCGUCGAGCUCAAUCUCCGCGACAUCCUGACCUGCAUGAUCACCCACGCCUGGUGGCCCCCCUUGACCUGGCUCUUCCUCGCCAGCUCCAUCUGGACCCCGAUCGCCUACGCCAUCAACCCCCCCAGCGUGCCCGACCGCGAGGAGCUCCUCAACCGCGACCCCAAGACCGGCAUCGCCCACCCCAGAAACGUCACCAAGAAGAUCGCCUUUGGCGCCCAGGCUGCCUGGUUCGAGACCGAGUACACCAUCACCACUCUGUACACGACCUUCUGCUUCGUGGCUACUUUCUUCUACUUCUAA